ACGUCGACCGUGAUAAAGAUAACACGCUUAUCGUACGUAAAGAAAAUGCGUAACGUGUGUAUGUAUAUGUGCAUGUGUAGAUUAACAUAAGACGCAUAAGUGAGAAAGGGGGAAAUUGGAAAAAUACAAGGGAGGUUGCGCAGUUAUUAAUGGCGCUUGCACAAUAAGAAGCGAAUGCAUCAAUGUGUUUCGCACGAUAAGAAGCGACAAAAUUGCGUUUUGUAUACAGAAUUGUUAAGCACAAAAAUGACAACUUUAUCACUGUACAUUUUUUUUUGUACAUUUUUAAAUCGUAUACAGUAAGUAAUUAAUUGAGCUUCAAAACCAUCGACUGCUAAUGGAGUGACAUCUUUGUAUAUUAAAAAUAACAAAGUUAUGAUAAUGUCGAACCAAAUAAACGCAUUGGUAAAAUAGAGUUCAUUUUUCUCCAGUGAACUCUAUACGUGCAUACAUACUAAAUUUGUUCGCGUCGGAAUUAUAGUAUAAUAACAUAAUACUAUAGAUUGAAGCAUAUUAGAGCGAGUAAGAGCAUGUUGGAGCAUGCGACGCAAACAAAUCUUGAGAGAAUAGAGAGACAGAGAGCGCAUCACCAUUUAUGAAUAUUUUCUAUUUCACAAUCCGCUCGGCUGGCUUUUAAGCUCGUAUCAGACUAUGCAUUGAACAUUAAAGAUUUUAAUUUGACCAAUCGGAAUAAAAGGAGCCAAAAGUUCUUUGUUCUGAUUGGUCAAAUUUCAAUCUUUACGUCCGCUUCACUUUUCCGCUCCUAGGGAAAAAUUAUAUGAUCGAUGCCCUGAUUUCCUCUCUACGUCACUUUAAAUUUCUUUAGGUAUAUAUAUGUAUUGCUAAAAAUAAAGUAUACAUGGAAUAACUAAAUCAAAAUAUUGUUGUUUAUCGCGAUAAUAGAAUUUUGUGAGAAAGAUUUAGAAUGAUGGAAUCUCCCAACACAAGUUCAGCUGCUAAUAUUUGUCAAUUGUGUAAUGAACGCAUACAGUUGUAUACCUGUCCUCGGUGCAACAUAGGCUACUGUGGUGUUGAGUGUUACAAAUCAGAUGUACACACAGAUUGUUCUGAGAGUUUUUACAAGCAAUGCGUCGAAGAUGAUCUAAAAGCUCAAGAAAAUGACCCAAUUGCUAGACAAAAAAUGAUGGAGAUUCUUAAAAGAGUACAUGAGGCAGAUUUGGAUAUUAAUUUAGAGGAUUCCGAGGAUGAGAGUAGUGACGAAGGAGACUUUACAUUGGAUUCGGAUGAUGAGGAAGAACUCACUGAUUUAACAAGUAGAUUAGAGAAUGUUAAUUUUGAAGAUCCAAAUGAGCUUUGGUCGGCUUUAUCGGAUGCAGAGAGACAAGAAUUUGAAGCACUGCUAAAGAAUGGAGAGGCGGAAAAAUUAUUGCCCAAGUGGACACCAUGGUGGACUCACCGUGUUGAAAAAAAAUUAAUCCAAUCAAUUGAAGAAGAUAGCAAAGAUGCUCAUAGUGAUUUAAUACAUCCUACAUUAAUAGAUGUACCUUUAUUUAAUGAAUUGCAGAAAGCAUCACCUUGUGUACAAUUUAACAUGACAAAUGUGAUAUAUGCUUAUGCAUAUGUAGCUCUUUACUAUUAUGGAGAUUAUUUAAGUUGUGCUGUGGAUGCCACAAAUGUUUUUCUGAUUGUAUGUGAAAAUAUGAGAAACAAUAAAGUUUUCGAAGAUGUGAAUUCUGCGAUUGAAUCAGUCAUAAAAAAUAUCAACAAUAAUGACUGGCUGCCACAGGAUGAGCAAAUUAUAACAGCGUUAAAAGAAGCUGGAACUUCCAUUUUGCAUGGGCCAGGUGCCGAAAUGAAAUCUCUUUAUGUAUCUGCGGCACUCUCUGAUCUUCAUAGGCUACUAACAGCAGCCAAGAAAGAAAUUUCAACAGAUAAGAGCGCAAACAGUAAUCAAGAAUUUACAAAAAGGGAUUAUGGUAGCAGCGACGAGGGUAGUGAGACUGAAAAUGAAAAAAAUCGUGAAAAUGUUGAAAGUGAGGUUAAGUGCAACGUAGAUGCAAACGUUGAUUUUAUAUCUAAACCAUUCUCUGUUGAAAAAUUGACAACUCCUAUUAAUUUACAAGUUUGUUCCGCCCCAGAAGUCGUACCUACCGGUACAGAAUUAUGUGUAAAGCAUGUGGAUCCUACUACAAAAGAAGUUUCACACAAUCCAAAAUACGAAGAACUUUUUGGACCCGAAGUAGGACCAGAAAAUCCAUUUAAAACGCAACAACAACGUGCAGUGAAAAAUAUGCUUUCUGGAUAUGUAGAAAGUGCACACAUUAGUGAAUUUCAAUUUGAAAAUCAAAGGAGAACUUUUGCUAGUUAUGGAUAUGCAUUAGAUCCAACUAUAGACGGUAGUGCAGAUGAAGGCAAAAUAAUAAUUGGUGCAAAGGAAGCCGCAGAAGAAUUAGGUGGCAAGACUGUAUUUGAAAGUACUAUUUUGAGACCUUCUGACAAACGAAAGAGACAUAGAAAUAAUAAUCCAGCAGAUAUAGAAGGUUUUUUGGGACCAUGGGGUGGAUAUGUGGAUGAAAAACGAGUUGUGAAGCCAAGUGAAGAAGAAGCUGCUGAAUUGGAAGAAAUACUGGCUAAACGAAAUAAACGAGGAAAACAAACAGAGGAGAAACCUUUAGAAGAGAAGACAGUGUUGCACAUCAAGGACAGUGUGGAUUAUCAAGGACGCUCGUUCUUACAUGCACCUCAAGAUGUAGGCGUAAAUCUCAGAUCAGAUUCACCACCCGAUCGUUGUUUCUUACCGAAAGCACAAAUUCACACAUGGGAAGGCCACACAAAGGGCAUUUCACAGAUACGAUGGUUUCCUCAUACAGCACAUUUGUUAUUAUCGUGUAGUAUGGAUUGCAGAGUGAAGUUGUGGGAAGUGUACAAGGAGAGAAGAUGCGUCCGUACAUAUUACGGACAUCGGCAAGCGGUGCGUGACAUAAGUUUCGAUAACGAUGGCAAGCGAUUCUUAUCAGCGGCGUAUGAUCGAUACGUGAAAUUAUGGGAUACCGAAACAGGUGCUUGUAUCAGUCGUUUUACAAGCAGAAAAAUUCCGUACUGUGCAAAGUUUAACCCCGAUCCCGAUAAGCAACAUCUUUUUGUUGCUGGUACCAGCGAUAAAAAAAUUAUUUGUUGGGAUAUACGUUCUGGUGAAAUAACACAAGAAUAUGAUAGGCAUUUAGGUGCAGUAAAUACUAUCACGUUUGUCGAUGAGAAUAGAAGAUUUGUUACUACAAGUGACGACAAGAGUCUUCGAGUUUGGGAAUGGGACAUUCCAGUGGAUAUGAAAUACAUAGCAGAUCCAUCUAUGCACUCUAUGCCAGCGGUGACACCAUCGCGUAAUCAGAAAUGGCUUGCCUGCCAAAGUAUGGAUAAUAAAAUCGUUAUAUUCUCAGCAUUAAAUAGAUUCAAAAUGAAUCGGAAAAAAACUUUUACGGGACACAUGGUCGCUGGAUAUGCAUGUGGUUUAGACUUUUCUCCAGAUAUGAGCUACUUGGUAUCUGGCGAUGCAGACGGCAAAUGUUACAUAUGGGAUUGGAAAACAACGAAAUUAUACAAAAAAUGGAAGGCACAUGACGGAGUAUGUAUCGAUGUACUCUGGCAUCCGCAUGAACCGUCUAGACUCGCCACGGCUGGAUGGGAUGGAAAAAUCAAGUAUUGGGACUAAAGAAUCUUUUGACAUGAUAUAUACAUAUUGUAAAGAAAACAAAAUAAUGUAAAGAUGAUGAAUGAUAUGAACGUAUGAAUGAAAAUUAUAUUACAUUAUAAU